AUGUCAGCAGACUUGGUAGAACAACGUGCUCAAUUUCGAGAAAAAGUUGGUGAUGUGAUCCCAGAAGAGCUUAAUACUGAUUUUAAUGUUGAUCGGUGGAUUUUAAAUUAUGAUAAGGUAUCAUUACUAUAUUUUUGGCAUAAAAAAAGGUCUUGCUAUUAAGGAACACUAAAUUUUUUAAAUUUAUUUAUUUUUUUUAAUUAUAAGUGCCGUAGCUUUUUUUUGUCAUUAGUUUUUAUACUGCCAUAGCCUCUGGCUUAACCAAGCAAAAUCUUUUUUUACUUUAUUUUAUAAAUGGUUAUAAUGAAACUUUGAUCCAGUUCUUUAAGGAGUUUGACUGUAAUGACUUUUUUCAUCUAAAGCUUCAUUUUUUAUCAUACUCUUAAUUUUAACCUUACCUAUCAUUCUUUUACUAUUUCAGAACGUUCCACAAUCAGUUGAAAAGUUCAAAGAGUACUUGGGUAAUCGAAAAGCUCUUGGAUUUCAUGAUGAAAAAAGCUUGGACAACUUUUAUGAACGACCAGACGUGAAAGAGUACCACUCGUUGUUCAGUCUAUCGAAACUUGACUCAACUUGGGUUAACGAACAUGACAAUGGCAUCGUCUUUUCGGAAACUGGAAUUCCUGAGCCUUCAAAGGUAAAAACUUUUUUUUAAUUUUUAGUACUAUAUAUUUUGUAUGUAUUUAGUAUUUUUUGAAGUUUUACGCUUAUUUUUAUAAUAAUAUUGCCAAAAAAAUGUCAAAAGUUGUCUUACACUACCUUUUAUAUAACAUUUUCUUACGUUAUCUUCACUUCAUACGUAGUUUUUCUUCAGGCAGUCAAAGCCAUGAGAGUAGGCGACUACUUGAGGGUGUUCUUCGGCUACUGUGAGUACUUCCAAAAGAUGGUACUGGAACAUGAAAGAAAACCGGCAAGAAGUCUCAUGGAAUUUGUAUUUUUGAUAUGA